AUGUAUGCGGAAUCUGGUUUGAAACUUGAAGAUUUAUGUGAUCCUGUUGUAUUAAAAAAGGAUGACGAGCUGUUUUAUGGAUUUUGGGGACAAGCAUUAAACCGAUCUCAACGCUCAAAGCAAUCAUCAAGUAAUGCAAUUAAAUCCAUCCAUCACUGGAAAGAGGUAUUUUUUCUUCAAAAUGACCCCAGAUUUCAAGUCGAAGAUAAGAGUAAAAAGAAAGAUGAAAAUCCUCCUCAAGAAGACAAGAAGAAAUUUAUGAACAUGCCAAGCAGAUUUUUCUGUGUCACUUCUAGUAUUGAUGGAGAAUUGGUUAAGGAAGGAUUUAAGGAAAGUGAAUAUUACGAAACGAGAGGAGAUUUAUUGACUUGGCAAUGUGCAAUACCUUGUUGUAAAUCAUUUUUUAGAGUUAAGGAAGAUUUUAGAUUUGAAAUCAACCAGGAAAGUGGAAGAGCUCCACCUUUAAAAUUUCAAGACAAACACCAUCAUACAAAGAAAGGAGAAGAUGGAUUUUCUGACUCACUUUUUACUUCGGUAUCUGAAGAAGAUUUUAAUUUUUAUUCUGCUACUGGAAAAACAGAUUAUUUCAAAAAAAAGCUCUACAUGGAUACUCCAAUCUCUGGAGCUGUUUUCCAUAAGGGAAACUCAGACAAGUUGAUACCUACACAAAUAGGGGAAAAAAGAGGAGCAUUCUACCAAUUCUUUUCUAACAAAGAUGUUCCAGAAAAGUUUAAAAAUCCAGAAAAUUAUCAAAGACCAGGAUCUGCCUCAAGAAGAGUAUCGUCUCUAUAUGGGAAGAAUAAUUAUGUUUUAGGGUCACUGGCAGAUAUUGGAAAGAUAGCAGAACAAACUUCAGAAGGAAUUAAAUCUGGUUUGAAUAGCAGGAGCUUAAUCGAAAGGAGAGAUGCUGUUUUACAGAGAUAUAAUUUAAUUAAUACAGAAGACGAGAAUAAUGAAGAAUAUAACACUGACAUACAUAAUAAUGGAAUUCACUUGCAUAAUGUAAAUAAUAACCUUAAAUUAUUGAUAGAGAACAAGAGUGGAGAUGAAUCUAGAUUCCAAGAGUUUUCAGAAGACGUUCAUGUAACGUUGCAUUCAUUUGCUGUUAAUGGUGAAAUUGACCCUUCAGAGGAAGGGUACAUGGAGGUUACAAUUAUUGAUCCAAUGAUUCAUUAUCACCAAUUCUACACAGAUAUUCAUAAUUCGGAUGAUAUAGUUACAGAAAGAGAUAUUCAAGAAUUUCGAAAGAAUCCUGUUCCAAUUAUUCCAAAAGAUUUUACUUUGGUGGCUGGCUCAACCAAUGUAAAAUUUAUCAUAUCAGUCCAAAUUUAUAAUUUAGAAGAUACAAUAGAUGAGCCUUUUCCCGUUAUUUCCUUCACUAGUCAAGUCUCUCCAACAAUUAGAAGAAAGAGAGAAGAGGAUGGUAUUUUUGUUGACUCGGUUAUCAUUAAUGCUCAAGACACUCUAUCAAAUAAGGUAUUGAAAAAUAUGCCAGUUAGAGGUAAGGUUAGUGUUGUAGUUCAACCAUUACUGCGGAAAAACACAUUGAUUACGAGGGUUGAAGAAAAACCUUGGCAACUUGUAGGAGAAUACAAUAUGAGGUUUUUAUUGGGAACACCAGUCAAGAAGUCAAACUUGGCGCAACGACCAAGAACAGAGGGAUCAUUAAGAAGACCUCACAGCCAGCUACCUGACAUUUCGGUUGCUUCUGUUCGAAUGUUAGACUUCUCCCUCAAAACAAGAGAUAGUGUCCACUCUCUAAAACUUAGAACAAUCCAAGAAGGUGAUCAAGGUGUAAAACUUGGUACAGUUUUUGUUGACAUGCCAAUCAGUGAUUUUUCAACAGCCAAUCCAACCAUACCUGUUCAUCAACCAGAGAUUAAGGAUGAUCGAAAAACUGCUUCAUUCUUUUCUGCUAGUUCAUCAACCAAUCCCACUCCUUCAGUAACCACGCCAACAGUUUUUAAUACUCCCAAGUCAGCUCUUGCAUCGAGUCCUUAUGAAGAUCCAUUCAAUAAGAAGGCCAUGCAGUAUUCUGACCUGCUGAACUCAAAAGUAAAAUCUGAAGAGGAUAUCGACCUCUACAAUCCAAAGAAACAACCAGUUAUUAACAGAAUUUUCUGUGAGAGCUGUAGAGGAGUUGCAAGACCAAGAGCAAAGAUGAACGCUACUGAUGAGCAAUGGAUAAAAACAUCAAUGAUCCCAUUUAGAACUUGGACCACUAAAAUCAAAAAGGCAAUCCAGGAGGAAGGAAGGUCAUUAUGUAUUUUAGAAAUAGGAGCAGAACAAAAACUUAGAACAAUGUCAGACACUGUUUUAAAGCAAAAUUCUGGUGCUGAAUUGAUUAGAAUCAAUCCAAAGCUGAGAAUGGUGAGAGGACAAAAGGAAGUGUUAAAGAUACCACAAGGAGCUGAAGGACAAAUUAACAUUAUCGAAGAUCCUUCUGCAUCUGCAGCCAUUAAGAAGAUUGACCAGUUCCUGACUGAAAUUAGUGAAAGGUUUAAUACGAGAAUGUAA